AUAAACACAGCACUACAAAGUACCCACUCUCUCUCACCAGCCUGUAAACCCAUUAACAAAAAGUAGACACAGUUGCUCAAUUAUGGCUUCCUCUAGCUCUGCUUUUAGAACCAUAUCUUCCUCCUCCAUGAAACUAGCCAACCCAAAAUCACUGACUCACUCCCUAACAAACUCACUUCUACCCUUCAAGCUCCGAAACCCACCACCAUCAUCAUCUCUGAAGCUGAACUCAAGCUUUUCACUGCCCCAAAGAUCAUUCACUUGCAAAAGCCAGGUCACCCCAUCAUCGGAGUCUGAAAGAUCCACCAAAGUUCAGGAACUUAAUGUGUAUGAGAUGAAUGAGAGGGAUCGUGGAAGCCCUGCUGUUCUGAAAUUGAGUCAAAAAACUGUCAACUCCCUCGGCGAUCUCGUCCCUUUCAGUAACAAGUUGUACACUGGGGACCUGCAAAAACGACUUGGAAUAACUGCUGGAAUAUGCAUUCUGAUUGAAAACAAACCAGAAAAGAAAGGUGAUCGCUAUGAGGCCAUCUACAGCUUCUACUUCGGAGACUAUGGUCACAUUGCAGUACAGGGACCCUAUUUAACCUACGAGGACACGUAUCUUGCCGUGACUGGGGGAUCUGGAAUCUUCGAGGGUGCUUACGGUCAGGUGAAGCUGCAGCAGCUUAUUUUCCCCAUCAAGCUUUUCUAUACAUUUUACCUCAAGGGCAUUAAGGAGGACCUUCCCAAUGAGCUUCUUGGAAAACCAGUGGAGCCCAACCCAGGUGUUGAGCCUAGCGCAGCUGCCAAGGCCUGUGAGCCUGAUGCCACCAUUGCCAAUUUCACUAACUGAGUCACUGAGAUGGUGAUGAAUUUUCAGACCAAAUAAAAAGAUGGUGAUGAAUUAAUAAUGACUGGUGAUCGUAUUUUUUCUUGGUGUUGUUUUUUAUUUUGAGGCAUCUCUUUUGUUGUUGUAGUGGGUUUUGAUUGGUGACUUUUCUGUAAAAGGAUGAGCAUGUGAAGCAUAUGGACCUAAUUGAUAAUGAUAUGAUGGUGACUCUACAAUA